AUGGCCGAAAACCAGGAAGUAGACGUUGACUCUGUCAUCGAGCGACUGCUAGAAGUUCGAGGGAGCAGGCCUGGGAAACAAGUGCAACUCGCUGAACACGAAAUCCGAUAUCUUUGUACGAAGUCUCGUGAAAUAUUCAUAAGCCAACCGAUUUUGCUCGAGUUAGAGGCCCCCAUCAAAAUCUGCGGUGAUAUCCACGGACAGUACUACGAUCUUUUGCGAUUGUUCGAGUACGGCGGUUUCCCACCUGAAGCCAACUACUUGUUCUUGGGUGACUACGUUGACCGAGGAAAACAAUCCCUGGAGACCAUCUGCCUUCUUCUCGCCUACAAAAUCAAAUACCCGGAAAACUUCUUCAUUCUGCGUGGAAAUCACGAAUGCGCCAGUAUCAACCGUAUUUAUGGCUUUUACGAUGAAUGCAAACGGCGGUAUAACAUCAAGCUCUGGAAAACCUUCACCGACUGCUUCAACUGCCUUCCCAUCGCGGCCAUUAUUGACGAGAAGAUCUUCACGAUGCAUGGCGGUCUGUCCCCAGACCUCCAGAGUAUGGAGCAGAUUCGACGAGUUAUGAGGCCUACGGACGUCCCUGACACAGGCUUGCUCUGUGAUCUUCUGUGGUCGGAUCCUGACAAGGAUAUCACUGGCUGGAGUGAAAACGAUCGCGGCGUCAGUUUUACGUUUGGACCCGAUGUGGUUACCCGAUUCCUACAGAAGCAUGAUUUGGACCUCAUUUGCCGCGCACAUCAAGUAGUGGAGGACGGAUACGAAUUCUUUGCAAAGCGGCAAUUGGUCACGUUGUUCUCUGCGCCAAAUUACUGCGGCGAAUUCGACAAUGCGGGCGCUAUGAUGAGCGUCGACGAGACGUUGAUGUGUUCGUUCCAGAUUUUGAAACCGGCAGAGAAGAAGCAAAAGUACGCCUACGGAGGCAUGAACGCCGGAAGGCCUGUGACACCACCGCGCAACAAGAAGAAGAAGGAGAUGGCGAAAACUAUGUAG